GUGACAAGAGCCAGAAUUUACACAAAGGAGAUCAGUUAAAAUAUAAAAAAAUAAACAUACGAAAAGGUUUAAAUAAUUCAACGUCUAUAUACCCAAACUUUGUUUUAGUACACUAGUAUAGCCGAUUCUAAUUUGUUUGGGACUAAGGCGCCGUUGUUAUUGUUAUUGUUUUAUAAUAGUAGUCUUUUCCACUAUAUACCAAGUCAAAAUGAGCAUCUGGACUUCUAUCUGUAUAUAUGGUCAUUCUUUGCGUAAUAUUAACGUUGUUUCCUUUCUUUGAUUUUCUAGUCUUUUAAGUGUUUCUAAAGAGACCAUAAACUUGGACUUAUCAGAGUUUAAUCUUUGGCUAUUUAAGUUGUGCAAAAUUGAAGUAUAUCAUCUAAGUUUUUUACAAAUAUGGCUCCUGGAGGUGGUGCUAGUUGCAAAGAACUUGUUGAAUCAUGGCCAAAUUUUACAAGAUUUGACACAACAACGACACAUGAGCUAGAGAAAAGUAUUACAUGUAUUAGUGAAAAGUUUCACAAGUGUUCAGUCCAUGGUGUCCAUGAGUUGCUUGAGUGCCCAAUUUGCAAAAGGUCCAUGUAUCCUCCUUUUUACCAGUGUCCAAAUGGUCAUACACUAUGCACAAACUGCAAAAUUGGAGCACAUAAUUGCUGUCCUACUUGCCAAGUUGAGCUUGGAAAUAUAAGGUGCUUAGCCUUAGAGAAAGUAGCAGAGUCACUGGAAUUGCCCUGCAGACAUCAAAAUCUUGGCUGUCACAAAAUAUUACCUUACUAUCGAAAGCUCAAACACGAAAGACAUUGCAAAUUUAGGCCUUACCAUUGUCCUUACGCUGGAUCAGAAUGCUCGAUAAAAGGGGACAUUCCAACACUAAUAUUGCAUCUCAAGGAGGAUCACAAAGUUGAUAUGCAUACAGGAUGCACGUUCAAUCAUCGAUAUGUCAAAUCGAAUGCACAAGAAGUUGAGAAUGCAAUAUGGAUGCUCACAGUUUUUGACUGUUUUGGAAGACAAUUCGUCUUGCAUUUUGAGGCGUUUUCACUAGGCAUGACACCGGUUUACAUGGCAUUUCUACGUUUUCUGGGCGAGGAAAAUGAGGCCAAAAUGUUCAACUAUAGUCUAGAAGUUGGUGGUUCUGGCCGUAAGUUGACAUGGCAAGGUAUUCCUAGGAGUAUACGAGACAGCCAUAGAAAAGUUCGCGGCUGUCAAGAUGGACUUAUUAUUCCAAGAAGCUUAGCAAUUUCCUUCUCUGGGGGGAACGGGGAAGAGCUUACGUUGAAGGUCAUAGGUCGUAUAUGGAAGGAGCAUUCGACUAGUUAGCAAUGCCUAGGCAAUUGUAUAGUGUCGACUUUUCAGAAGCUCUCAAGUAUAUUAUAGUAGGCCUCAGAAUGAUCAAUUAGGAAGAAAACGGGUGUGUUUGGUAUGAGGGAAAACAUUUCCCCCCUACCAAACACAACCAACAUGUAAGUUGGAAGUCAUACUCCAACUUAAAUGAUGUAAAAGAGACUAGUAGUAAUUAGAAUGAAAUAAAGUGGAUUUAUUCAUUGA